AUGUCUGAGGAUUCUACAACUAUUUCUACAUUGGAAUAUGGAUGUUCAGGAGGAGCAUUGCAGGUUCACAUUUUACGCACAUGGACUCCACAAAUUCGAUCAUAUGAAACCUGGUUCCUAGCAGUCGACAAGCAUGGAGAUACCAUUCAGAUUUUGGGACAGAAAAAGGAUCAAGGCCACAUAAAAUCCAUAUUGACUAUUUCAAACUGUUACACUAUCUCUGACUAUGCAUGUGCCGAACCGGACGAAUAUCAAAACUGGAUAGGCAAAGAAAUAAAUAUUAGUGUUGUCAAUGCCUCCUCAAUCUGCCGAAUUCCAGAUACAAGAAUAACACCUACAACUUCGUUUCACUUUAUAUUCAAAAGCCAAAUACCAGACUAUGUAAAACAAGCGCCAGGUGUGUUUGUGAAAUCCAGAGAACUCAAGACAAAAAACAAGGAACCUUACACACUUCUCAUACUCACAACUGAAUCUGACAAAGAAAUUCCUAUUGGUCUAUGGAAAGAAUGUACCAAUGUACUGGAAAAUUUUGACCGCAACCUUAUUGAGGCCACACCUGCUCCAACAGUUCUUGCUGUGACAAAUGCAAAGAUCAUGACAGUUGAAGAUACUACAGACUCGAUAACCGCAAACUUAUCCGAAAACACAGUCGAAAAACUCAAUUCGAUAACAUCUGAAAAGGCUAUACAACAACAUGGACAUACUCAUAGAAAAACCUUACCACCCUUCAUCCAAGAUUGA